UAAAAUCAUAUUUUGCAAGAAUCUUCAAAAUCAGUACUAUAACUUGCUCGCGAAGGAAUACUCCCAGUAAAGAAGUCGUUAAAUCCGAUCAAAUUAUGAAGGCAAUUUUUUUGUACGUGUAUGAAUAAAGUCAAUUGCUAACAUUGCAUGCGUGUUGUGUAAGGACCCUUUGCAACUCAACUCAAAGAAACUGCUCUGAAAUUUCCUUCUCUCUCCCCCCUCAGAGUCUCAGUUUCCCAAAUUUGUUGUUUGGGUCUUUAGAAUGGGAUCAUCAUAUGAUUUCAGGAACAGAAAAGAACCCCCUUACAGUAAGCAAUCCCCCAUGUACGGCCGGCCGGCAACCAAUGCUCCCCAUCCGAUUUACGGACAACCCUCCAGCCUGUAUCCUCGGGUCGGUCAACACUCAGGCGGCAACCGUAAUCCCUCUUUUUACCCCACAUCCUCCACUACGGGAAUCGGCAUCAGAGUUGCUAUGAAACCAGAAUAUCGGAUUAGGCCUCCGCCUCCGUUGUCCCCACAAGUAGGAGACAUUCCUCGAAGCACAUUUCACUUUGAUUUUGACCUUGAGAAGAAGAUUUUAGCUGAAGCACAAAAGGAAAGCCAAAACUGGAGCAGUUUAGGUCUGGAAAAUCUUCCAUCCAGAGGGUCACACCAAGCUUCUAUGGCAUCCUCUGGGGAUCCUGUUAUGAACAAAUACAUUGCAUUGGGUCUCAACAGAGAGGCUGUGCCUCUUGCAGUUGCAAAUUAUGGAGACAAUCCAGCCAAGGUCAAGGAAUUUGCUGAUGGGUAUACUCGCUUGAAAGAAAUGGGAUUCUCAUCAAAUAGUGCUGCAGAUGCCUUGCUAAUGAAUGACAAUGAUACGAGCAAGGCAAUCCCACAUUUACUAAACAACCCAUCUUAAUAAUACCCGGAGACGUGAUGCUAUUGUAAAUGUGUUAUAAUGUUUAGAUAAUGAUUUUUUCAAACUUGUGCAGUUAGAGACCAUCUUCUGAUAUCCUGGUUUGUAGUAAAUUAAGUUUGGAUAUACUCAGUUUGGUGUUUAAAACAGUUAGUUAAAAA